UGAAACAUUAUUAGGGAAACAGUGGAAGUUUGGGGCUGGCAACAACAGGAAGGGAUUAAGGCUUUACAUUAAGUUUAAUCUAAAAAACCUGAGAUUCAAGUAAUAUGUUUUAUUCCUAAAGAAUUGCUUGUACAUAAAAAUUUGCCUUUAGUUCUGAAUUCCACAUUAAAAUGGUGAACCAAAUGAAAUCUAAGGUGCUAUAGUACUUUCUUUUAGCUUUAGGUGAAGAAAUAUAUUCAGCACUUUCAUUACUGAGCUUUGUUGACAGUCCAAAAGAAAAUUUAUAACAUAAAAGGAAAAUUUAAAAUUAUCCCAUGUGAAUGAUUCUUACUUUGCAGAUUUGUUAAAGUAUAGUUCUUGGCUUCAAAGAGUAGUAUCCUUAACUGACAUUUUGAGUGCUUGAAUUAACUUCAACGAAAAAAUGUAAUGAUCAUGUGAAAAAUAUAUUAACACAUAUAAAGUUUAUAUAUUCAGAGCAAAAAUUCAGCUUUGGAAAAGUGAAGAUAAAGUGGUUUGAGAAGUGUUGUUUAAUUGGUGUUAUUUGAAUUCUAAGGAAGAAUUAAUAGUACUUGCAGAGCAAAGUUUGUGUAUGCCUGAGAAACAAUUUUUGUAUUAUUUUGAAAUACAUGAUAUGAAAAAAUUCAAAACUUACGUGCAUUAUCAGAAGAAAUUAACAUAUUUCUGUGUGGAAGAAAAGGAGAAGCUAUUAGAUUUAAAGAAUUUUUGCACUCUUGAAGUACAAUCUAAAGAGAUUGAAUUGUUGGAAUACUAGUUAAGGAUGUAAAAGGAGUUUUCAGUAAAUUGGAGCAAAGCUUCUUCCCUCUUCUACAUUUGCUACCACUUAACUUGCACUAACAAAGCUUCUUUGUAAUGGAAUUUGAAGGAAAUGUUGUUAAAAAGUAUUAAUCAGGAGUUGAGUGUAGGCGUUUUAAACAUAAACCUAAUAUACAAAAGUUAUGUUCAUGAAAGCAAGUUCACGUUUCUUAUUUGAAAAGGUUGAAGAUUAUAAUUGUAUAAAGAAAAUGUAAAAGAAUUUACAAAAUUCCAUAUCUACACUCUCAGAUCUCCUCCCCAGUAUGCCAUAAAGAUAUUUUAGUUUUAUGAAUCUGCCAUAGCACUGAAAAUGUUGCUGAACUUUGCUAUAGACCUCCAAUUAUAAAUGGACAAGAGAGAAUCAAUUGUUUAUUUGAGUAGAAUCAACAGGUAUCAAGCUGAAUAAAUGGAAUAGUCAGCCCUUGGAGGGAAAAAUAUGUAAAACAAAAAAGAACUUAAAAUCUCUGUAAAUUCAACUGGAGACAUCAACAGGAAACUGUAUUCAUAAAAGAACUGAAAACUGUGGAAAUGGAAAAUUGGGGGAUAAGAAAGGAAUUAAACCUAAUUCCCUAAAUAAAAUACUCAACAAUAUUACAGUGGUAGAACAAAUGUGGCUGAAAUCUAAAUAGAUAUUUACUGAAUGAACUGAAUAACUGAUUGGCCUUGGGAAGGUUUGCUUGAUCUCUUGUGUAUAGAGAACUUCCAGGGGAGUUGUGCCGAUGGAUUAAGUAUGUUGAUGGGCUAGAUCUUGCAGGUACAACUUGGGAGACUUGUGAACAGAGAAGCUGCCUCCUGAUGCUUCAUAGAGGACUUAUAGUCUGCUGGUCCUGUGCCUGCAGCUUUCUGAGGGAUCCGAAGAAAUGAUGGUUGCUGAAGCUAGGGUAUUUUAAAUGAAAAAAUGAAUGAAAAAAAUUUGAAAACAACUCCACAGCAGCGGAAACUUCCUGAAUGGAUGUCUGUGCAGAAUCAGAUUCGUGCUGUAGAAGAAAGAAAGACAUCUAUUCAGAAGAGUGUUUUUGAAGAUGACCUCCCCUUUUUAGAAUUCACUGGAUCCAUUGUGUACAGUUAUGAAGCUAGUGAUUGCUCUUUCCUAUCAGAAGAUAUUAGCAUGAGUCUAUCUGAUGGAGAUGUGAUAGGAUUUGACAUGGAAUGGCCACCAAUAUACAAAAAAGGAACACUAGGCAGAGUUGCACUAAUUCAGUUGUGUGUGUCAGAGAGCAAAUGUUAUUUGUUUCACAUUUCUUCUAUGUCAGCUGAGAUGUACGGAGACCUGGAGCCUUGCAAUGGUCUGGUUAAGCACCUCUUUCAGUAACAGCUUCUGAAAGACAAGUCUAUCCGCUGUAGCCAUUGGGGUAAUUUCCCUCUCACUGAGGACCAGAAACUGUAUGCAGCCACAGAUGCCUAUGCUGGUCUUAUCAUUUACCAAAAAUUAGAAAUUUUGGGUGAUGCUGUACAGAUGUUGCCUAUAAAUAAAGAGAAAGAAAUACUACCUAGUGAUGUGAAGAAACAGUUAACUUCAAUGUCUGAGGAGAUGAUGGAUCUGGCUAAGCAACUUCCAGACACUUUCAGAAAAUUGGAAAAUCCACAGAGGGUUUCUAUACUGUUGAAGGAUAUUUCAGAAAAUCUGUAUUCAUUAAGGAAGAUGAUAUUUAGUUCUGCCAACACCAAGACAGAACUGAGGCCCAGCAGUAAUCAUGGUUUAUUAUCAGUGGAAGAUACAACUGCUGGUAGGAUACAACAGAAACAAAUUAAAAAACACAAAAUUUUUACUGAAGUUCAAGAUGAAACAUGGGACACAACAUUUGGUAAUUUAAUUAAACAUGACAGAGAAAAUGUGCUUGAAGAUGAAGUGAAACAAAAAGAAGAUGAGUUUGAAGAUGUAAAAGAGGACAAUAAAUUGAAGGAGAAUAUGGAAAGAAUUUGUUUGAUGUCAUUAGAUGUUACAGAAUAUGAACUCCAAGUCUGGGAACAGCAGGCUCGGGAAGAAAUUCUUAGUGAUGUUACCUACGUAUCUGCUGAGGAUAAUGAAAAGGAUGUAUCUUACGUAAUUGAAAGUGAUGAAGACUUAGAAAUGGAGAUGCUGAAGUCUUUAGAAAACCUAAACAGUAGCAUGGUAGAUCCAAUUCAUUCUAAAUGCUUAGAAAUGGAAAGAAAGCCGGGUCUUCCUACUGAUGAAGAUGAUGAAGAUGAAAAUGAAGCUGUUGAAGAGGAAGAAGAAGUUACUGAGGACCAUUCAUUGCCAGGACCCAAUGAAAAACAAAUGAUUUGCCUCAAGACUUAUUUUGGACAUUCCAGUUUUAAGCCGGUUCAGUGGAAAGUGAUUCAUUCUGUGUUGGAAGAAAGAAGAGAUAAUGUUGUUGUCAUGGCAACUGGUUAUGGGAAGAGUCUGUGCUUCCAGUAUCCACCUGUUUAUGUGGGCAGCAUUGGUCUCGUCAUCUCUCCUCUAAUUUCUCUGAUGGAAGACCAAGUGCUCCAGCUUGAAAUGUCCAAUAUUCCAGCUUGUUUCCUUGGAUCAGCACAAUCAAAAAAUGUUAUAGAGGAUAUUAAAUUAGGCAAAUAUCGGAUUGUAUACAUAACUCCAGAGUUCUGUUCAGGUAACUUGGACUUACUCCAGCAACUUGAGGCUAAUAUUGGUAUCACCCUUAUUGCUGUGGAUGAGGCUCACUGUAUUUCUGAGUGGGGGCAUGAUUUUAGAAAUUCAUUCAGGACUCUGGGCUCCCUGAAGGCAGCACUCCCACUGGUUCCAAUUGUUGCAGUCACUGCUACUGCAAGUUCUUCAAUCCAAGAAGACAUUGUGCGUUGCUUAAAACUGAAGAAUCCUCAGAUUACGUGUACUGGCUUUGAUCGACCAAACUUAUACUUAGAAGUUGGGCGAAAAACAGGAAAUAUCCUUCAGGAUCUGAAGCACUUUCUUGUCAAAACUACAAGUUCUGCCUGGGGGUUUGAAGGUCCAACUAUCAUCUACUGUCCUUCCAGAAAAAUGACAGAACAAGUUACAGCUGAACUUCGGACACUGAAGUUAGACUGCAGAACAUACCAUGCAGGCAUGAGUAUUAAAUCACGGAGAGAGAUUCAUCACAGAUUCAUGAGAGAUGAAAUUCAGUGUGUUGUAGCUACCAUAGCUUUUGGAAUGGGCAUUAAUAAAGCAGACAUCCGCCAAGUCAUCCAUUAUGGUGCUCCCAAGGAAAUGGAAUCAUAUUACCAGGAGAUUGGAAGAGCUGGCCGUGAUGGACUUCAAAGUUCUUGCCAUGUUCUCUGGGCUCCAGCAGACAUUAACUUAAACAGGUACCUCCUUAGUGAGAUACGCGAUGAGAAGUUUCGAUUAUACAAAUUAAAGAUGAUGGCAAAGAUGGAAAAAUAUCUUCAUUCCUGCCGUUGUAGGCGACGAAUCAUCUUGUCUCAUUUUGAAGACAAACAACUACACAAGGCCUCCUUAGGUAUUAUGGGAACUGAAAAAUGCUGUGAUAACUGCAGGUCCAGAUUGGGUCAUUACUUUUCCAUUGAUGAUUCAGAAGAUGUAUCACAGGACUUUGGUCCACAAGCAUUCCAGCUGUUAUCUGCUGUGGACGCCUUGGGAGAAAAAUUUGGAAUUGGGGUUCCAAUUUUAUUUCUUCUAGGAUCAAAUUCUCAGCGUCUUGAAGAUAAAUAUCGCAGCCACAGUUUCUUUGGCACUGGCAAGGAUCACAAAGAAAGCUGGUGGAAGGCUUUGUCUCGUCAGCUCAUGACUGAGGGAUUUUUAGUAGAAGUUCCUGGGCGUAACACAUUUAUAAAGCUGUGCACCCUCACGGAAAAGGGUAGAAAUUGGCUUGAUAAAGCCAAUGAAGAAUCUCCUCAGAGACUUAUCCUUCAAGCAAAUGAAGAAUUGUGUCCAAGGAAGUUUUUUCUGCCAAGCUCUAAAACAUUAUCUCCAAGCACUGAACAGUAUUCUUCUAACCGGGCACCAAUUGAAUUAACUGCAGAGAAGUCUAACUUGGAGAAGAUGUAUUCAUACAAAGCAUUUGAUAAAAUUUCUCCUGGGAGUAGCAUUCCUAAAAAAAGUGUCAUGGCACAAUCUCCAGGAAAAUGUCAUCCUGUAUCUUACAAGUCCUCAGAACCUGUUAUUUCAGCCCAAGAGCAAGAGACUCAGACCCUGUUAUACGGCAAGUUGGUAGAAGCUAGGCAGAAACAUGCCAAUGAAAUUGAUGUUCCUCCAGCUAUUCUGGCAACAAAUAAGAUACUGGUGGAUAUGGCCAAAAUGAGACCUACCACAGUUGACAAUGUGAAAAGAAUUGAUGGUGUUUCUGAAGGCAAAGCCACUAUGUUGGCCCCUCUGUUGGAAGUCAUCAAGCAUUUCUGCCAAGUAAAUAGUCUGCAGACAGACCUAAUUUCAAGUACAAAACCACAAGAAGAACAAAAGAAAAGUUUCGCUGUGAAAAAUAAAUUCUCACUGUCACCAUCUAUGGCCAUCACUUAUUCUUUAUUUCAAGAAAAGAAGAUGUCUUUGAACAGGAUAGUUGAGAACAGGACUCUGCCUCUUGCAACAGUGGGCAUGCACUUGUCCCAAGCGGUGAAAGCUGGCUACCCCCUUGAUGUGGCACGAGCAGGCCUGACUCCAGAGGUUCAGAAGAUUAUAGUUGAUGUUAUCCGAAGUCCUCCCAUCAACUCAGAUAUGAAUAAAAUUAAACUGAUUAGAACAUUGGUUCCUGCAAACAUUGACACUUACCUUAUCCACAUGGCAAUUGAGAUCCUGGAAAAAGAUAGCAGACUGUUAUCCCAGCCUUCAUGUGAUUCCAACAAAAAGAGAUGUUUCCCCUACUCAGAGGAGAGCUGUUUAACUUCCAAGAGAAGCAAGGAGGAAGCAGGCAUUAAUACCAAGACUGGUGGAAAACAUCCUGGUGAUUUUUCACUGAAAGUUGGGAGUCACAGAAAUUCACUAAGACUAACUACUUUGAAUCAGCCAUCAAAUGAUCCAGAAGAAGAAGAUUUAUUUACAGAUUCUCAUUCAAAAACUUCAGCUGAAACCUCAAAGAGAAAAUUACCUGAGUGGUUUGCCAAGGGAAAUGAGACCUUACCUGAUACCAACAAGAAAUCAAUUACCAGAACAAAAAAGAAGUUUUUUUUUUUAAGUUAACUUGGCAGUUUUACCAGAGGAAUUAUGUAUAUCUUGCUGUAUUACCAAAGUAGAAUUGUAUUUCAUUUCUGAGAAGAGUGGGAUUAAAUUUAAUUUUAAAAAUAUUCCAAUGCCAAAGUAAAAUUACAUGUUUAUUGAAAGACUGGUAUCUUAAAUCAGCCUUCUGCUACUCACAUAUCUGGGUCUUCUAAGAGCCUGAGAGAGUACAUAGAGUCUAAAAUAUUAAAUUAAAUCUUUCAGAUUGCUUUAAGAAACUAUUAUUGUCCUGUUUUCUAAUCUUUAUUCAUAAAAAUAUAUUUGGAAAUCUAAUAUGCCAUUUGAUAUAGAUAAUAAAUUAGUAGUUGUGUGGUGGUUGUGUCACAAAAAAAUAUUUCUGUCUUACCAAAAUUCUGUUUUUGAAGAAAAUUGACUUUACUAUUUUUAUAAGAAGCUCUUAUAAACAUUGCUAAAAUGGUAAUAGUGAACCAGACAGUGAAAAUCAAACAUUAUAUUUGGGUUCCAUGUAAAUAGGGGAAAAGAAUGUAACAGGUUACUGAUUAUGCUAUGCAACCAUGUACUUUGUAUUUUAUACACUGUAUCUAUUAUUUUUCAAAUAAUAAAACAAUCUCUUCCAUACUGAA